GGCCAUAACCCCUCCGGCACAAAAACUAGAGGACCAAAGGCAAAGCAGCUCGACCCAGUUCUCCCCUCUCUCUUCAACUGGUGACAAGACUGCCCCAAGAAAACGGGGAGGCCAUGGUUGCAGAGUUGAAAAAAGAUUGAUCAGAGUUGGAGAUUGGUGGAAAAAACCCUCAAUUCUAUUACUUCUAAGCUUUACUUCUGUUCUUGAAAGGUUAACGAUUUCAAUAUCUCUCUGAUUUUCUUUUUUCUUUUCACUUCUUGUUUGUAUCCCAUUUCUGGGUUUUUAUCAGAAUUAUUGUUAUUGAUCGAAACUGAAGAAGAUGGAAACGCUCCUAGUUCUCUUACUUGGGUUAUCAAUUUGCAUCAUUUGAUUGCAAUGGAGGCUGAUACAACUACUCAACAAUGAAUUUUGGAUUUCUGAGCAAUAUGAAUAUCCCCUGGUUCAACUCCCAAUCUAGUGAAAAUAUGGCAUCAACUGUCCUUUCAAGUGGUGUAGGUUUGAAGCCUAACAAACAAAUGGCUUCUUUUGAUAUAAAGUUCUUUGGUUGGUCUCUACUUUCACUUAUCCCUUGGACUAUCAAUAGCAAACAGAAAAUUCAAAUGCCAACUACCGUCAAUAAGGAGUUGAAAAAGCAUGCAAAACCAAACUAUGGUGCUAAAUCCUUAAACCAAUAUUCAGCUAUACGCUUCAGACCAUAUGUUUCCAAAGUCCCGUGGCAUACAGGUAUAAGAGCUAUUCUUUCUCAGGUUUUUCCACGCUAUGGGCAUUACUGUGGACCAAAUUGGUCAAGUGGGAAAAAUGGAGGGUCGCCUAUUUGGGAUAAACGGCCGAUUGAUUGGUUAGAUUUUUGCUGCUACUGUCAUGACAUUGGAUACGACACUCACAACCAAGCUGAGCUUCUGAAGGCAGAUUUAGCAUUCCUCGAGUGUUUGGAGAAGCCUAACAUGAGUAAUAGGGGAGAUCCGUGCAUUGCUAACCUUUAUAGGACAAUGUGCAUUUCAGGUCUUAGGAGUGUACUGAUACCUUACAGACAGCACCUUUUGAAGCUCCAAGCAGGACAGUUAACUGUUAAUUUUGGAUGGCUAGAUGAUUUGAAAUUGAGAGGAUGGAACUUGCAGAAAGAUUUGAAGAGAGAUUUGUCUUCGUUUUCAAGAGGAUGGUUAAGAAAUAUGAAAUGGAAAGGCUGGAACCUGGACAAAGUUUGAAGGUGUAGAGCUGGUGGCUAUGGUUAAUGCUUCCUUCUGAAAAGACGGACUCUCCCCAGAUCAAACGAAAAUGUUAGCUUAUUUUUCUUGGAAAAAGAAGUGUGCUUAGAGUAAUAGUGAUGCUUUGACCCUCGGUAGCUAGUGGGGUCCAAAGACUGUAUAUAAGAGUCCAAAGACUCGGUAGCUAGUUUAAUGACACGACUGAAUUUCUCUGGAGGGGAAACAUUGGCAUCCCUCUUAUCUUUUUUAUUAAUUCCAGUACACCUCUGUGGUAUGAAGUGUUUAACACUUUGCGUUAAUAGCAGUUUUAUGUGCCACUUGACCCUUAUAGUGUACAAUAGUAUCCCACACUUCUUUCU